AUGGAUGUUAGCCAACCCAUCAGAUCUCCAUCUGCUGACGAGCGAGCGGAAGAAGAGAAAAAUCAGCAAGGAGAAAACGCACCACACCAAGAAAAAGGACACCAACGCGAAGCCAACAAAAGCCUCACCCAAUUGGGCAUUAUCAUGCUCUUGUCGUUGCUUAUCUAUCAGAUGAUCAGCUCACUCGGCAGCCACUUCUUCAGUUCGGCCAAUCUCCCAAAUCCGAUCUGCCUGCUGGCAGGCUCGCUCACCUCAUUCUCAACCGCGGUAGUCUACUUCUACUGUGCAACCCUCCAUGGGCCAUUCUGCACUCCCAAAUAUGCUAGAAUGGAUCCGGAUCAAAUCUCUCAGAUUGCGCCCACCAUCAGCGGGACAGCACAGAAGGCCUCAGACAUCUUUGACUCAGUCAUUCAACUGACUGAUCGCAGAAACCUCGGAAUCAAUCAGAGCGAGAUCCUUCACUAUGCAUCGAAAUUCCGUUGGUCCAGCGAACUAACUAACAAGGAUAUCCUCAAGGAUGAACUGGUCGAGCUGGUAGGCAUGACGGACGAAGUCAAUCAUAAACUGGUUGACCUCAAUCGCCACGGUUGGGAUGCGUUUUCGUUCAUUUCUUAUGGGUUUUCGAGACUAGGAGAUUUGAUUCAUUCAUGGGUUCAGACCGCGAACACGAAACACACCUCUCAAACAAUCGCCAAUAAUCUGAAGAUUUGGUAUGGAGAUCUGUCGACGAAGCUGAACCGGCUCCUGGUUGUGAUGGAAAGCUUAAUUCCUCUUGCCUCCCGGGUCUCUAAUCUUGGUAUCCGAGUCUCAGAAAGGUUGCAACAAGAACGAUUUCAGUUGAUCAACAAAAUCUCUCGCCAAGGCUUAUGGAAAAAGCUAGCGGAUCUUACUACUUCCUCCGGCAAACAACUUCACAAUGACCUGGCGCUCAUUUCGGAAUCAAUCAAGAGCGUAAAAUUCACCUGGAUCAAAUUGCAGGCGAUGUACACUGAUUUGUUGGCGUAUCAAAAUCAUGUUGCUCAUCUCAAGGCUAGCUUAAUAGGAUGGCAUCUGGUCGACCACCAAUUAGCGCCUGAAGAUAAACUUUUAUCAAUGAGAGAAGCGAUUCAAUACUUCGAAACCAAAAUCAAAGUUGUUAAAUCGAAUUCUAAAUCGCCUUACUUUUUCUCCUAUUCAACUGAUACUAAACUCAAUUCUGAUGCUUGA